GCCGCAGCUGCCCCGCGAACGAAAGAAUACGGCGGUGCAGACUAGGGCGUCCUAUCCACGCGUGCUCCACAAGCCGGCCCCGUCCAAGUUGGAAAGGACAAAAAGAAGGCAAUAAAUGCUAAAAGGGAGAGAAGGAGAGAGAGAGGGAGAGAGAGAGAGGAAGCCAGAUCGAGCGGCAACUCCCAGCCCGGGCUGCAAGAGAAGGAGGCGGGAGCGGGAGAGAGCGGGCGCGCGCGAGGGCGAGCCGUGCACGGGAAGAAACUGACACCCGGACCCCCCACUUCUCCUGCACGGUGCUGGCAAUCAGAUCGCGUUUAAGCAAUUUCCUGAGCCCAAGAAUAGCAAUGAGUCGGGAGACUUUGGCGGACUGAAAUUGGGAGCUGCAAUCACUCCCCAGGUUUUGUGUGUGUGUGGUGUUUUUUGUUUGUUUGUUUUUGUUUUGUUUUGAUUUUUCCUUUUCCUGGAGGAAAGUUGGGGGGCGCUAUAAUUGGGAAACAGCUUUUUGUUUGUUUGUUUUUUUAAUCUUGCACUUUGAAACCGCGGACUGUGGCAGUGUGCGCUCUUGUGGUUGGUGCUUUUUUUUUUUUUUUUUUCUUUUUUUUUUCCCCCUUCCCUUGCCUUGACUAAACUCCUCUGUAGGUCUGUAAACAUUACCUGUGAAUUGCCCAGCCGAAACGGCUGUUGGGGCAAGGAAGUUCUAGAACUUCCCACCCCUGGCUCACCGUCCCAAUCUUCUGAGACGCUUUUGCCCCCUCCGGAGCAGAGUUUAUAUCCUCUCCCCCCCUCCCCCGCCGCCGCCUUUUCCUCGCCCAGUGCUUUGCAUCUGGAAAGAGAUCAGUUCAGGAGUGGCCAGGUGGGACGCCUCUCUUUUUCUUUAUUUAGCUUAUUUAUUAUUAUUUGGGGUGUUUUCUUUCUUUUUUUUAAAAUUCCUGUUUUGCUUAGUCCGGAGAGUUUCGUCCACCGCCUCCUACCUCCUCCCCCCACACCCCGUGCCCGGCUCCGCCGCGCAGAGGAUGGUGUGGAAAUGGCUGGGCGCGCUGGUAGUGUUUCCUCUGCAAAUGAUCUAUCUGGUGACCAAAGCAGCCGUGGGACUGGUGUUGCCCCCCAAGCUUCGGGACCUAUCCCGGGAGUCAGUCCUCAUCACCGGCGGUGGGAGAGGCAUCGGGCGCCACCUCGCUCGGGAGUUCGCAGAGCGUGGCGCCAGAAAGAUUGUUCUCUGGGGCAGGACUGAGAAAUGCCUGAAAGAGACAACAGAAGAGAUUCGGCAGAUGGGCACAGAGUGCCACUACUUCAUCUGUGAUGUGGGCAACCGGGAAGAGGUGUACCAAAUGGCCAAAGCUGUCCGAGAAAAGGUACAGCCCACAGGGACUGGCUGCCCUCACGGCUCCACAGCCCCCUCUUGCCCACAGGUGGGUGACAUCACCAUCCUGGUGAACAAUGCUGCUGUGGUCCAUGGAAAGAGCUUGAUGGACAGUGAUGAUGAUGCCCUCCUCAAGUCCCAGCACGUCAACACCCUGGGCCAAUUCUGGACCACCAAGGCCUUCUUGCCACGGAUGCUGGAGCUGCAGAACGGCCACAUCGUGUGUCUCAACUCCGUGCUUGCGCUGUCGGCCAUCCCUGGCGCCAUCGACUACUGCACGUCAAAAGCAUCGGCCUUUGCCUUCAUGGAGAGCCUGACCUUGGGGCUGCUGGACUGUCCCGGUGUCAACGCCACCACCGUGCUGCCCUUUCACACCAGCACCGAGAUGUUCCAGGGCAUGCGAGUCAGGUUUCCCAACCUCUUCCCGCCGUUGAAGCCAGAGACAGUAGCCCGGAGGACGGUGGAAGCCGUUCAACAAAACCAGGCCCUUCUCUUGCUCCCGUGGACCAUGAACAUCCUCAUUAUCUUGAAAAGCAUACUCCCACAGGCUGCACUGGAGGAGAUCCACAGGUUCUCAGGGACUUACACCUGUAUGAACACCUUUAAGGGGAGGACAUAGAAGCAGGAGGAAGACACACCUGAGGAGCCACGGAGCCUGAGGGGAGCCACAAUACCCGGGCACACACCGAUGUGCCUGUGAUUGGCAUGUCUGCUGGGUGAGCAGGACUGUUCCUGUCCCCAGGGAAGAAUCUGCGGCUCCCAGGUCAACUCCAGGACCUUUGUGCAGGACUGAUGUGUGUUAACUCUGACCCCCAUGGGGAGCCAAGACGCCAUUCAGCAGCCACCUGACAAUUUUGUACAUUUCUCAUUCUGUAGGGUUUAUUGUUCAAUUGCUUCUCCAGUCUGGCCCGCCUGAGCAGUGUGCACCUAGGAUUUCCAGGAGAGUCUGCCCCCAGACACUCUGCCUUCCCCUCCAAAACCCGCUCACCCUCAGCUCCUGCAAACUGGUUACCCGGCAGUAACUCAAAUAAAGAGGUGGCUUUGGCA